AUUUUGGGAGCAUGGCGUCGGUUUUCUCAAGUUUGGAUGCCUGCAACUCUCCCUCUCUCACAUGGCCACUGCCGCCAGAACGAGUUCCUAUGGAUGGAAAAGAAAGGAGGAUAUAUAGAUAAGGGUAAUUUUGGGUCAAGGCUAGAGAUGCUUUAAGAGGCCUAUAAAUUGCACCCCAAAGCCCUCCCUCAAACAUAGGAAUUAAGAUUUCACACCACACAGAGAGAGAGAGAGAGAGAGAGAGAGAGAGAGAGAGAGAGAGAGAGAUGGAGGCAUUCCCAGUCAUUGACAUGGAGAAACUGAAUGGUGAAGAAAGAGCAACAACAAUGGAUAUGAUCAAGGAUGCCUGUGAGAACUGGGGCUUCUUUGAGUUGAUGAAUCAUGGUAUAUCCGUUGAGCUGAUGGACACUGUGGAGAGACUAACAAAGGAGCAUUACAAGAAGUGCAUGGAAGAAAGGUUCAAGGAAAUGGUUGCAAGCAAGGGUCUUGAGGCUGUUCAGUCCGAAAUCGACGACCUGGACUGGGAAUCCACCUUCCACUUGCGUCACCUUCCCGUUUCGAACAUGUCCGAAAUCCCCGAUCUCGAAGAAGAUUACAGGAAGGCAAUGAAGGAAUUUGCUGGAAAACUAGAAAAGCUAGCUGAGCAGCUCCUGGACUUACUAUGUGAGAAUCUUGGGAUAGAGAAAGGGUACCUCAAGAAGGCUUUCUAUGGCUCCACGGGUCCCACCUUUGGCACCAAGGUCAGCAACUACCCUCCAUGUCCCCGGCCGGAGCUGAUCAAGGGCCUCCGGGCCCACACUGACGCCGGUGGCCUCAUCCUGCUCUUCCAAGACGACAAGGUCAGCGGACUCCAGCUGCUCAAGGACGGCGAAUGGGUCGAUGUCCCGCCACUCAAACACUCCAUUGUGAUCAACAUAGGUGACCAACUUGAGGUAAUCACAAAUGGAAAGUACAAGAGUGUGAUGCACCGUGUCAUUGCUCAGCCGGAUGGCAACAGAAUGUCAGUAGCCUCAUUCUACAAUCCGGGCGGUGAUGCCGUCAUCUAUCCAUCACCUGCACUAGUGGAGAAAGAAGAAGAGAAAAAGCAAGUGUAUCCGAAAUUCGUGUUUGAGGACUACAUGAAGCUAUAUGCUGGUCUCAAGUUCCAGGCCAAGGAGCCAAGGUUUGAAGCCAUGAAGGCCGUGGAAGGUACCGUUAACUUGGAUCCGAUUGUAACAGUUUGAGUUCGUUUAAAAGAAGUCAACCGUGUUUGUCUGUGUUUAUGUGUUCGUAAGGCUAAUAAGGUAAUUACUCAAACCUAAAUUGUUAGUUUAGCCUAGUUCUUUCGGUUAUCGGAUGCGUUGAUCAGAGGGUUGGGUUGGCUUGUCUUGGAGUUUAUAAAUAAGUAUAGAGCUUGUCUUGGAUUUGAAGGUGUUGAUGUCUGGCUGUGGGGGUAUAUGUAUUGUGUUAUAUACAGUAACAAGAUUUGCCUUUUUAAUGUGAAAUGUUUGGUGAAAACUGAAAA